GAACUGUUUGAGUCUCAGGCUCCCAAGCAGAGCUGGUCUCGCGAGAUGUUGAGGGCAAUAGCUGAAGGGACAGAAGUCAGAAAAUAGUCUGAAAGUAAUCCAGAAUGGCUACUCUGAUCUAUGUUGACAAGGAAAAUGGAGAACCAGGCACCCGUGUGGCUUCUAAGGAUGGGCUGAAGCUGGGGUCUGGGCCUUCAGUCAAAGCUUUAGAUGGGAGAUCUCAGGUUUCAACACCACAUGUUGGCAAAAUGUUUGAUGCUCCACCAGCUUUACCUAAAGCUGCCAGAAAGGCUUUGGGAACUGUUAACAGAGCUACAGAAAAGUCAAUAAAGACGAAUGGACCCCUCAAACAGAAACAGACAGCCUUCUCUACCAAAAAGAUGACUGAGAAGACCGUUAAAGCAAAAAGCUCUGUUCCUGCCUCAGAUGACACCUAUCCAGAAAUAGAAAAAUUCUUUCCCUUCAACCCAUUAGAUUUCGAGAGUUUCGACCUGCCUGAAGAGCACCAGAUUGCACACAUGCCCUUGAAUGGAGUGCCUCUCAUGAUCCUCGAUGAGGAGAGGGAGCUUGAACAGCUCUUACACCUGGGCCCCCCUUCACCUCUGAAGAUGCCUCCUCCACCCUGGGAGUCUAAUCUGUUGCAGUCUCCCUCAAGCAUUCUGUCGACCCUGGAUGUUGAAUUGCCACCUGUUUGCUAUGACUUAGAUAUUUAAAUUUCUUAGCACUUUAUAGUCUG